CCGCUCCUCCUCCGCGCCGCUGCUGCGCGGCCGCCGGGCGGGCGUCGGUCCGGCGGCGGCCAUGGUGCUGUCGGUGCCGCAGCAGGCGGUGGUGUCGGUGGUUUUGGUGCUCUGCCUGCUCGUCGUUAUGCCCAGGAUGUUCGGGGGAGGCGGAGGCGGCGGCAGGGCCGGGCGGGCUCCGCGGGGCGGCAGGGCCGGGCCCGGCCAUUUCGAGCCGCGGCAACAGCAGCAGCACAGAGGUAGUCCUCAGACAGUUCAUCAAGGUCGCCCAAAUCCAGGAAAUCCUGAAGGUAGUGUUUACCAGAGUAUUCAGCAGAUGAGAAAUGCAAUGGCAAAGGAGAUAAAGAGUGAGAGGACAAGAGGAAAUGGCAGAGACUUAGCAUUCACACUCAUGCCCUUGUAUGCUCUUGGAGUGGGAGUGUUUGCAGCAUACAAAUUCCUUAAGAUGAAGGCACAUGAAGAAAAUCUCUCUGAGAAGGAAAAGAGUACAGAAGAGAAGGCAAAGGAAACGGAACAUCAGCUUUUAGAACUGGAGCAGCACCUGGCACAGACAGAGAAAAUGUUAAAUUCUUUGUUGACUCAGUUGGAUCCGCUGUCAAACUGCGUUAAUGCUUUAGCUUGUGAGCAGAAAGAUGAAAUAAUGACACAGAUCCAAUCAAUUAGACGACUGAUGAAAGAAAGUGGAUUGGAUAAAUCAGAAAACAAGAUGACAGAUGUCAGCCACGUUUGUAAUGAGAAACUUGAAGAUCUCCUUCAGUCAUUUUCUGAACAUUCUCCAGAGAAAGAAAUGAAUGACGGAGAAGAUGACGGUAAUGAAGAUUUGCAUGAAGAUGCUGAUGAUGAUUACAGAAUAGAGGAGCAUGAAUUACGUGAUGAAUGUGAAGUACAUCAGUUUGAAACAGAUGUAGUAGAAGACCGAGAAAUGAUAAACAAGGAUUUGAUAGAAUCAGAGAUGGGAUUGAGGAGACGUAAUAAAUAUGAAUGAAAUCUGCAUGUGUAAAACUUAAAAAGCUUAUGAAUUUUUUUUUCACAAUGUUGUAUGCACUUUAAACUGUUUUGAAUGAAGUUAUGAAGUUAUGUGCACUGCUGUAUGCUUUAAAAAGAGGGAUUAAAACUGCUCGUAUCUGAUCUUUCUGCAAUUGAUUUCAAUGGCAGCAAAGUUUCCCUGGAGAUGUUUACAUAUUUUAUCUAUUUAUUUUUUCCUAUAAAGAUAUUUCUGUACUUUGUAUAUAAUACACUGUAAUCUUAUGCUUCACUGAAAUAUUAGAAUAUCUUGUAAUUUAGACUGAAAAUAAUAGGUGCUUCAUGUUUUGUAACUAGUAAGCACAGUACCACUUCAAGUGUGAUUUCUUGAGUUCAUUAAAGAGCAUGAGUGAUGAA